AUGGAUCGCAUCAUUCCCAUCUCCAUCAGACGGACCCUAUUCAUGCAUGCCUUUUGUGACGUCAAGAUCCCUCAUCCCCAGCCUCUGCGCGCAGUCAAAUCAUUCUACACCAGUAGUGAGACCAAUGGAAAACAGCCACGGGGAGAUUCCCUCAAUUACCAAAAUACCCCCGCGUCAAAUCCUCUUACCCCAAUCCUAAUACGCACACUUUUCAGAGAGAUUGCCAUCACGGUGAAGUUGCCGAGAACCAACAAACAAAAGGACGCGUAA